GAACCAGCUGAGCAGCACAGGAACACACACAGUCUCACUGAGUCAGUAGACAUGGAGGAUGGGAAGCCUGAUUUGUUGAUCAAACAGGAGACAAUAGAGGACGGACCAGAGAGCAUUGACCUGCUGAGUGGACUAAAGAUGGGGGAGCAAGGUAAUUGACUCCGACUCCAUUGGGCCCAUGGUGACGACAUCACUGAGCAAGCCAGGACCAGAGACGACAUAGUGGAGGUCAGUGGAUGGGACAGCGUCCUCAACUCUGGGCUGGGGAACAACACUGUAAACCACAACCAGAAACAGACAGUCGAACGCAAAACAACAACCGAACUUAAUCUCCAUGACAACAGACUGGCUGAGACCAGGGCGAGGCGUAGAUUUGGUCUGCGGGGACAGGGAGGUGUCCGUAUGCGGCAGGAGAGAACAGUCACAGACUCGGCUAGCGAUGCUCCAUCCUGCUCCUAUAGUUGUGAUUCAGAGAGACUGAUGGCACCUCAGUUUAACCCCCCAACAGAUGCUGCCUUCAGCCUGCCUUCUAUAGGAUCUAUCAACUGGAACAUGGACCCUGCGARAACACAGACACUUCCUGGCCUUCAUCCUCCUCACACUCUCCUAAUGUUAAACCAGACCUCAGACAAUGCCAGUGCCUCAACACUAAAUGGCUACACAAGCCCAUUGACAAAUGACAGUAGUAGUAGUAAUGCUGUAAGCAGAUCCGGUGACAAAGAGAAGCGCUUCCCAUGUUCGUUCUGUGGGAAAGCCUUCAGUUUCCCUAAACAGGUGGAGAUCCACCAGAGGAUGCACACGGGGGAGAAACCAUUCAGCUGCCACCUUUGCCAGGCUAGUUUCUCCCACUCCUCCAACCUGAAUAGGCACCAGAGGGUCCACACAGGGGUGAAACCCUUCAGCUGUACCCAGUGUCACAUGUGCUUCACCCAGGCUGGUCACAUGAAGAGGCACCAGAGGGUCCACACAGGGGAGAAACCCUUCAGCUGCKRCCAGUGUGAAAAMAAGUUCUCCCGCCAGAACCAGCUGAAGAUGCACUUGAAGGUCCACACGGGAUAGAGGCCUCCUACGCACUGCAGGAAGAGGUUCUCAGAGAGGAGCUACCUUAGGAUACACCAGCUGAAAAACCAUUCCACUCUUUAACAUAAAAGUAAUCAUUCCACUCCAUAGCUUCUGACUUUUAGAUCAAAUCCUACAUUAAAGACAGCAAUUCAUUUUAAUUGUAGUCAGCAGAAAAGAUCCACAGUUGCAUUUGGAAUAACGAGAGUAACAGAUUUCAGUGUUGAAUUUUUCUGGGU